UUUAAUUUCGCGGACGUUCUUUAGGCCAAGCCACUAAAAUCGCAGCAAACAGGUGUCCUAAGCUUUCGCCAGUUUUAAAUUUUUUUUUCUACCGAAAUAUUAGCUUUUAUCUAUGAUAUAACAUAAGGGGAUUGUUAUUGUUGGUGUUUUGAAUUUACCGGAACAAGUGCGCGAUUAAAGUACAAAUGUUUAAAGUUUGUAAAUGUUUGCAAUGAAUAUUUUCGUUAGAACGUUUUUCUAUUGUGGUAAAGUAGGUGGUCGAAUUAAAUCUGUACCGAAAGUAGAGUUAGACAUAGACUACUUGUGCAAUGUUGAGAAUAAAAAUGAAAUUGAUAAUAAUAUUACAACAAGGAAAGGAAUUGGAGAUAUUCAUAGCGUACAAGAAUUGUACGCUCAAUUUCAAGCAGCUAAAUACGAAUGUGAUAAAACAGUAAUGUGGGAGAAGUUUGAAGAAGCAGCUCUAAAAAUUCCUAAUAGGUCAUAUAAUUUGUCGAACAGUGCAAAAGUGAUAAAGUUAAUUGGGACUAAGAAGCGUUUUGAAUUUGAACCUAAAGAAUUUUCGAAGAUAGCUGAAAAUUUAUGUUUAUUGAGAACUAACAACUUGGGAAACUUUGCUGGCCAUAAGAGUUAUUACUUAAUGGGUGAUCUGGCAGUACUUGAGGUGGCAUUAGUAAGGUAUAGUAUUAAAAGACUGCUUCAGAAAGGUUUCCACCUUCUGUCAGUUCCAGAUAUUCUGCCAGCACACAUCAUUAAAAGUUGUGGUAUGGCAGUUGAUGGUGAUAGAAACCAGGUGUACCGACUCGACGAGUUGCACGGCUCCGACUUGUGCUUGUCAGGAACAGCAGAGAUGGCGCUUGCAGGCUACGUGAUGAACAGGCAGUUCCAUGCAUCUGAGCUGCCCUUGAGGUUGGCUGCCGUUAGCAGGUGUUUCAGAGCAGAGACAUCCAGACUUUCUGAAGAGAGGGGAAUUUAUCGGCUUCCCUGUCACCCAUCGCCGGCUCUCCAGGACAUCCAGGGAUCUACAAACAGCCCUCUCCAAUACCGUUCCAGCCCGGAGACAGACGCGUCCGCAACCCCUGCGCCGCCCCUCCAAGAAGACUGCCCAGCCAUAAUCCUGCCGCAAGACCAGUUCGACCUUCUCCACCCCUGUCCCCCUCCGGAAACAGGAUACCUGGCUCUCACCCAAGAGGGCUCGGUGCGAGAAGCCUUUAUAGCGUCCAUCAGUUCACGAAGGUGGAGAUGUUCGCAGUCACGGACAAGGUUAGCUCUGACAGUCUGCUGGAGGAGUUCCGGGAGAUCCAGGAGGAAAUAUUUGCUGGACUGGGACUACACCUGCAGACCCUGGACAUGCCCCCGCACGAACUGGGGGCCCCGGCGUACCGCAAGUACGACCUGGAGGCAUGGCUACCCGGGCGGAACAUGUUCGGGGAAGUGUCGAGCGGAAGCAACUGUACCGACUAUCAGUCCCGACGCCUUGCCAUCAAGUACUGGCCUCGUGGGGCCUCUGUGCCGGAGCAUGCCCACACUGUCAACGGGACGGCCUGUGCCAUCCCGAGAAUGCUGAUCGCUCUCGUGGAAACCCACCAGGAGCGUGACGGAACUGUCGUCAUCCCAGAACUGCUCAGACCAUUCAUGCUUGGUAGAGAGAGGUUGGUGCGAGAAGAGCGAAUACCUCACAUGAAGUUAAUGAAACCAAAGCAUUUUAGUUAAAAAAUUGAUUAAUAAAAAUUUGUGUGUCAGCAUA